UUUUUUUUUCCACGCCAUGGGCAUUUUCCACGAAAGGCCACGGUGUCUUCGGCUUUUGCCGACGCUGAGGGGGGUUAGGCCAGCGCGCAAGACCAGCAGAGCGCAAAGCGCAGCUGUGCCGGGGGGACGUACUGUGCUGUACAUAGCGGUAAACCAGUCACAGGUCCGCCGACAGAUGGUGCCUUUUAACACGAGACCGCCCGACUUCUGGAAAAAAAAAAAAACAAAAAAAAACAGCUGGACUGUUUCUGCUACCAAAGUCCGCCUCCCCAGCCAGCGCCCCCAGCACGCCAGCGCGCAGAGCACCGAGGAGAGCGCUCCAGACCCAGAUCGGCUCGAAAUGCAACCCUUUAUCUUCUGUUUGACAGCGGCAGUCUGUGGCGGCCUUGUUACAGGAUACCGGAGCCCCCUGAAUGACUUCCAGCGCUCGGAGGGGCGGGAGCUGGUACCCCUGAAAGGCAGCGUGGACCGAGUGCGGCCACUUCCUGGCGUGAGUCUCGAGGAGUGUGCCAAGCAGUGCUCCGAGUCCCUGGACUGCAGAGCCUUCAAUUACGAGACUCGCCCCUCCGUCACCUGCAAGCUCCUGCCGUGGAUCCGGGACACCAACAGCGCCGAGGUGAAGAGAAAUGUCAACUCGGACCUGUACGAGAAGAAAGAUUACCUGCGGCAGUGCACUGUGGGAAAAGGCACGAGCUAUCGGGGCAAGGUGUCCAAGACCGUGAGCGGGCGCGAAUGCCAGCAGUGGUGGUCCAAGUUCCCCCACGACCACAGACACACCCCUUCCGCCAAAAAUGGCCUGGAGCUGAACUACUGCCGGAACCCCGACGGAGACCCCAGCGGCCCCUGGUGCUACACCACCGACCCCGAGCGGCGCUACGAGACCUGCGGGAUCCCGCGCUGUGAAGACGAGGUGUGCAUGACGUGUAACGGAGAGGAUUAUCGCGGGCAGGUGGACCACACGGUGGAGGGGCUGGAGUGCCAGCGCUGGGACCAGCAGUACCCUCACCAGCACAUAUACCAGCCCGAGAAGUACCCCGACAAGAGUCUGGAUGACAACUACUGCCGCAACCCCGACGCGUCCCCCGUGCCCUGGUGCUACACCACCGACCCCAAAGUGGAGAGGCAGGACUGCCGGAUCAGCAAGUGCCAGAAAACGCUGAAGCGCUCCCGGCCCACCCACACCACCUACUGCUUCCGCAACCGGGGGGAGGACUACCGCGGCAAGGUCAACGAGACCACCUCGGGCAUCCCCUGCCAGCGCUGGGACGCGCAGUACCCCCACCGGCACCCCUUCUACCCACAGGCCUACGAGUGCAAGGGGCUGGAGGAGAACUACUGCCGGAACCCCGACGGUUCCGAGGCGCCCUGGUGCUUCACCUCCGUGCCGGAGAUGCGGACGGCAUUCUGCCUGCAGAUCAAGCGCUGCGCCGACGACAUCGAGGCGGAAGACUGUUACCAUGAAAAUGGAAAGAACUACCAAGGCACUGUGCGCAAGACCAGGAAAGGCAUCACCUGCCAGAAGUGGUCCCUCAACACGCCUCACAGAACCAAGAUCAACCCGACGACGCACCCGCACGCCAACCUGACGGAGAACUACUGCCGGAACCCCGACGGCGACCGGCACGGGCCCUGGUGCUACACCACCGACCACAAGACGGAGUUCGACUACUGCGCCAUCAAACAGUGCGCUGGGGAGAAGGUCUCCAUCGUGGAACCAGCAGAGAAGGUGGAGUUUACCGAGUGCGGGAAGAGGGAGGAUCGGGUGAACAUGAAGGCACGGAUCGUGGGGGGCAUGCCUGGCAACUCGCCCUGGACCAUCAGCCUGCGCGACAGGAAAGGUCAGCAUUUCUGCGGAGGCUCCCUGGUCGAUGCCAAGUGGGUCAUCAGCACGAGGCAGUGCUUCUCCUCCUGCGACGCCGACUUGACCGGGUACUCCGCCAUGAUGGGCACGCUGUUCCGGGACCCGAAAGAGGGCGAGCCGAGCAAGCAGAACAUCCCUCUGAGCAAGAUCGUGUGUGGGCCGUCCGAGUCGUUCCUGGUCAUGCUGCAGCUGGAAACCCCUGCCCAGUUCAACGAGCGAGUGUCCCAGAUCUGCCUGCCCCCUGAGCGAUUCAUCGUCCCGGAGGGCAACACGUGUGAGAUCGCUGGCUGGGGGGAGACCCAAGGCACGGCGGACGAAACGGUGCUGAACGUCGCCCAGAUGCCAGUUCUCAGCAACAAGGAGUGCAACAAGUUCUUCCGGGGUCGUGUGAAGGAGAACGAGAUGUGCACGGCGCCCGUCCAAAUCCCUGUGGGCGCCUGCGAGAAGGACUAUGGAGGCCCUCUUGCCUGCCAGAACAGUGACUGCUGGGUCCUGGAGGGAGUCAUGAUCCCCAUGAGGAGGUGUGGACACAAGGGCCAGCCCAACAUCUUCAUCCGGGUGUCCGUGUAUGUGGACUGGAUCAAGAAGGUCAUGGAGCUGGCUUAGACACCUGCCCAGAGCUCCCCGAGCCCCAGAGACAAGCUGGGCAGACCAGACCUCUGAAAUCCUUAAAAGACUAAUUGGCAGUUUACCAUGAUGCAGGCGAGGCGAGACAAACUAAUGUGAAAAGAAGAGAGGCGAAGAUACGAAAUGUCCUCCUGUGUCCUUCAGUGUGAUCGUCAGCACCGUCUCUCAUCACUGCACUGUGGACUCUGGCUCUGGGUCGCUGUUUUCUUGCUGUUGUGCCCCCCGCCCCCCCCUUGCCUCAUCCCACCCGUGUCUUCUGUGUGUGCAACCUCUCCCACCCCCGGAGCGGGCUUCCCCGAGCCUGAUCCUGCAUCGUGUCCUGGCAAACCUUCAGAAGCAAAGAAAAAUAGAUCACCUAAAGAGCGCGGCACCUAGGUUCAUGAGAACAACAGGAAUCUUUGAGCUUGAAUAUUAUCAGCGGUCUCUGCGUCGUUUGUUUUUACAUUUCGGCUCACGCGCAGGGGGCUGUGGCACUUAGUCCCUGGGUUCCUGUCCAGUUUAAGGCACCCUCCACAUGGAGUUUGCAUGUUCCUCCCAAAGACAAACUCACUUUACGAUUUGAUUGGCUAUUGGUAACUGUCCUCCUGUGGUGGGCUGGGCAGGAUGACUCCCCUCUUACACAUUCUCAGUUUCCCCUUCAGCAGAAUGGGUGCGCGGAAUAGCCGCGCAGUCUUCGAGGGCUGAUGUGAGCUGGGCACCAUCUGGGUGGGAUGCUGGGUGGGACGCACUCCCGUGUGCGUCACUGCCAUGGAUCCAAGAGGGGCAUCGCGGAUAGAGCUGUCGUUUAGGAGGGUUUGCUGGUCUAUAGGGAUCUGCAUGGAGUACUGGCACACGGGAGCACGUGAUGGAAGACUUAAUACUCCACAUUUACUCCUGUUUUUAGGAACUGUAUAAUGUUAGCAUGCCCAGAGGGGUUGGGCAGCCUGUUGACCUUGGACCCCCAGAGGUUUCUUUUUUCUUCAUUACAGAGGAGUUUUUGGUUCCUCCCCUCCAUUGUCUUCUGGCCUUCUCACUUCCUGUAUUGAACCGUCCCACAGCUUUGUUAAGCGCCUUGGGGCAACCCUUUGGUGAAAGGGGUGGAAGGCGCUAUAUAAAAACAGAUUGAAUUGAACUGCAUGUGACCCCACAGGCCCCUGCACAGCCCUGCGCAGAUUUUGUCAGACCUGCUGUGGGUGACCGACUGCGGCUCUAGACCCAGAGAUUGCCCAGUUUGAUCAAUCGAUCGAUCGAUCGAUCGAUCGAUUGAAUGAUUGAUUUUACUGUCAGUGUUGUUUUUUUUUGUUUCAAGUGAUCCUGGGUCUGACAGGCUGCAGCCUUUGAAGCAGCCCAUAGCAAAAUUAAUUGCAGUUGCCACCCCUCCCCCCCAAAAAAAAUGUCGUUUUCCUACCCGCUGGGUAAAGUGUGGAAAAAACACCCGAGUGUGUGACGUCAGACAGCCGACAGCAGGCGCAGGGAUCCCCAGCAAACGACAACGUGACCCACGUCCCGAAACACAUCGUCCACAGGGCUCGCAGAUCGUCCGAAUCAAUGAGCGCACUGCUCACAUUGCCCGCAAGGUGGCAGUGCUGCAUCUCCGAAAAGCAGUAGGUCACUCGUGUCCAGAGAAACAGGUGCCUUCUCAGCAGCAUGUUCAUAAAACCUCUUCACAGCUGUUACAGAUGAGCCUGGACAAUUCGGGACGCUCUCUUUUACAUUUAUUUCACUCGUUAUUACAUUUUUUUUUUCAGAACGACAGAAAAUUAAAGUCGAUUAAAGUC